AUGUAUGAAACAGAGCGCCUAGUCUUGCGCGCCUUCGACCUGGACACCGACCUCGACAUCAUCAUCCGAUGGGGUAACGAUGCCGAAUACAUGACGCUCCAAUCGAGUGGUCCACAAAUGCCGGCAACUCGAGAAAGUUCGAAGGAGUUUCUCACAGCUCACAUAACCAAGAGUAAACUGCCAUUCUUCAUGGUGUGCGAGAAGCCUGCAGUCUGGCCGGUACAGCUUAACCCCGAGGAGGAGUACUUCAAAGCCCAUGUCAAAGCCUGUGGGCCACCAAUCGGUACCAUCGGCUUACAGGACAGUCCCUUUGACUUCAAGAACCGUGUUGCUGGUUUGGGUAUCGGUCUGGCCGAUCGGAAACACAGAGCCAAAGGUUACGGAACGGAGCUCAUGAAUUGGAUGCUUGAGUAUGGCUUCAUGGAGCUUGGCCUGCAUCGAAUCGAGUUGAGGGUCUACAGCUUCAACGAGAAGGCGAUAAAGCUGUACCGGAAAAUUGGGUUUAAGGAAGAAGGUCGGCUCAGGAAGACGUAUUUUAGGGGCGGUCAAUGGUACGACAUCAUCUUAAUGGCUGUGCUCGAAGAAGAAUGGUUUGAUAUUCGGAAGGGACUAAAGGGUCAGGACGAACAGGCUGAACCAGGCGCCACCGCCAUCUUGCCAGACGCCAAGCCCAUCCUGUCAUAG